AUGAUCGGCGUCGCGACCCGAGUACACAGAUCGUAUUGCUCCGCUCCGCCCCGCGAUUACCGCCGAGUGGCGGCCCUGACGCAGAUUUGGUAAGAGCCUACCGUAAUGUAUGCGCAUUUCAACCAAUUUUCCAAGUUUUUUUUGUGAAUCUAGAAUAUUCUGUUCAGGAACAAGUAUUCCUACCGUCGAGAAACAUUCAGUCAUUCUGAGCAGGCCCGUGUUCAGAGCAGCAGAGAUGGGCGGAAACUCCUCUAUUAUUCAAGGGUUGGGCCUGAAAUAUUAUUAUUAUUUUUGAAAUAAAAGUUGUUAAUUUAGAUAUCUACAAAACACGGUUGUCCGCGACUUUGUGUGAAUCCGAUGGAAGACGGUCUGAUAGCCGAUGCUAAAGCCUACAUUAGCGCAUAUCUUGUAAGCCUGCAAAGGUCCAAUUUUCAAAAUCUGAUUACAUUUUAGAGGAACGCGUUUGUGCACGGAAUCGGCAUUCAUGACGACAAACAAGAGUUUCUCGACAAUUUCGAUCCGGUUUUCCCCGAAGUUUUACGGGCGUAUCGGGAUGAAAACUUUUCGAAUCUCGCAGAGUUCACACUCGGCGGCAAUGAAACGCUGAAUUUUCAUAGAAAGGCUGCUCACAAGCUCAGCCAGAUACAGAAAGAGGCGUUGAAUGUAGUGCAAGAGAAAUAGGCUUUAGAAAACAGCCCAUUUCCAGCUCUCGCCUGAAGAUUUGCUCGGCGACAGCGGCUAUUUGAUGAAAUACCCGUACCUCCGUGGCCAGAUGGGAUCCUACAUCCAUUCGAUUGAUUUUGUGAACGCCGACGCCAAUGGCAACACGUAUCCGAUUGAGGGAAAGAAGGGAAAGAUUAAAGUGUUCUGCAGGUUGGACAAAGAUUUUCUUUUUCGAUUUCCCUUAAACUACCGUAUUUUAGGUACAAAGUGGUGCGCGGAGCAUUGUAUCAAUUCGAGAUGCUCCGAAAAGACGUGCAGAAGGACUCGGGAAUGUGGAGCCAGAAGAUUUUGCCGCCGAAGGAGUACCUAUUCAAAUGGCCGCGAUACACGUUCGUCGAGCUCGACAUCUGUCAGGAAGCCGAAUUUGGGGCGCCAAUCAAGUUGCACGAUACACGAUAUCUUUAUGAUUUCCACUUGUUUUCCUUUUAG